UGAGGAAGCAGCGAUCUGAUUGGCGGAGACGCUGUAGCUACACACCGGCUGAAGAGGGGGCAUGUCGCGGAAGAAAUUGUUAUGAAAUGGUUUAAAACUUCGGAAUUAUUUAACUAGAUAGCAUGUGUUGUUAGACAUGCUUUUAUAAAAAGAGAAAAUGCAUGUAGCUGAGAGAUAGCCUCGGUUUAAAACGCUUUUGAAAGUGUGUUUUGGUUGUAUCGGCUGAUUCACGGUCGAACAGUCCUAUUUUUGACUCGAUACUGAAGAUGAGUUCCUCUGGAUAUUUGGUGCACAGACGUUUGCUGUUUCACCUUUGCAAAUCUCCAUGUGUGCUCAAAAGGCGUGUUGGUCAGCAGAGACUGCUCAGCACAUCCGGCAGGUGCAGAACCAUCAUGCCUGCCUGGGUUAUUGAUAAAUAUGGAAACAAUGACGUCCUAAGAUUCACAAGAAACGCCAGUUUCCCCGUGAUUCACUACCCCAAUGAGGUCAUUAUCAAAGUGGUCGCUGCUGGUCUGAACCCAAUUGAUGUCAGCAUGAGAGGUGGCUAUGGUUCAUCCACGUUGUCCAUGAAGAGAGACCCCCUGAACAUCAAACAGUCAGGCAGCGAGUUCCCGCUCAUCCUGGGAAGAGACGUGUCCGGGGUGGUCAUGGAGUGCGGCCUGGAUGUGAAGUACUUCAGAGAGAGGGACGAGGUGUGGGCAGCGAUCCCUCCAUGGAAGCAGGGCAGCUUGGCUGAAUUUGUGGUGCUGAGUGCGAAUGAGAUAUCUCACAAACCAAAGACACUGAGUCACAUCGAGGCAGCCGCCAUUCCCUACGUAGCCGCCACGGCCUGGUCGGCGCUGGUUAACACGGGCGGACUCAGCAAGGACAAAUGUGCCAACAAACGGAUCCUGAUCCUUGGAGGAUCAGGGGGAGUGGGAACCUUUGCAAUACAGAUGGUGAAGGCCUGGGGGGGCCAUGUGACUGUGACCUGCUCCCAGAAUGCCGAGCGGUUUUUGAAGGGACUCGGCGCUGACCACACUGUGGACUACACGGCCGGGCCGGUGGAGGAGCCCCUCAGCCAGCUGGAGAAGUUUGACCUAAUCCUGGACAACAUAGGGGGGGACACAGAGCGCUGGGCUCUGGGCCUGCUUAAGCCGUGGAGCGGCGCUAAGUACGUGACCCUCGUGACACCCUUCAUGCAGAACACCGACCUGCUGGGCAUCGCCGACGGCAUGAUGCAGACCGCAGCUACAGUGGCCACCAAAGCCCUCAAGCAUCUGGUCAAAGGAGUUCACUACCGCUGGGGAUUCUUCUCACCCAGCGGUCCCACGCUGGAUGAGAUAAGAGAAAUGGUGGAUGCAGGAAAGAUUCGGGCCGUUGUGGAGGAGACGUUCUCCUUUUCACAGGUUCCCCAAGCCUUUGAGAAGAUGGAGAAAGGUCACGCCCGAGGAAAAACUGUGGUCCAGAUCAGCCAGGGAGGAACGUAACGACUCUCAAAGAGGUUUAAUUUUAAUUCACCACUGCAGGAAACUGCUACAAAUGAGCUGAAAGCUGCUGCCUGGGUACAAUAAAAAGCUGUGAGGCCUUCUGCUUCUGCAGUGUGCACUUUUUCUGUUGUUACCUUUUUGCUGCCGGAUCAUAAACAACACAGAGGCAAUGUUUUUCAUUUUUUGGUCAAAAACAAUAAAAGUGUCAUAAAAUGAAGUAAUUUAACCUGUGAGUUCAUCAAAGCUUUUGUUUGGUGUAUGACUGAGUUACUUUAAACUUUAACCCUUAUAUGUCUCCACUUUGAAUUACCCUGUUUAAUGCGGCAUCCAGUACUUACUGAAGCUACUUCACAUUACAGACUUUGGCUCUCUCUGCAGGCUCACACAUGCACCCACUACUGAUCCAGCACAGUUAGGCCCCAUGUGAGAGAGCUUUGGAUUAAAAACUGUCAUUCACUGUCUGCUGGAAAAUGACGUGAUAACCUCCAACUAGGUGCCUGUUCAUGAACAUCAUCAGGAGGUGGGAUAGUUCGUAAAAUGCAGAUUUAGAAUAACUUUCGAUUGUUUGGUGUCUCAUAACUAUUUGUUAGAAAAGCAGCAUACAUGAGGCGCAAGUCUUUGAUAAGCAGAGAUGGAUUGAAGAUCUUCAGUUGGUGAACAAAUAGGAUCUAAAGUCACUUAAUUGACUAACAAAUUUCCUCAAAUAAAGAGUGGAGGCAUUUUACUUCCUCGACAGGGAAGAAUAUUGUCUGUGACCCUGAUAAAACCUCAGAGGCACAUGUGUACAUUCAGAAAUGCCUCUUUGAACUUCCCUGAGCAUAAAAAAAAUUCUUAAUUGUAUUUGUUAAAUAUUGUCUUUGACCUUUUAUCCAGUUAUCCUCUUCCCGUUUCUGGUCUAACUGAACAGCUUGAACUAAAUGUACAGGAAUUGAGCUUAAUGGCUUCCUUACUUCCCGUUUUCACAGGACAACC